CUUCUGCUCCACAUCCUCCCCUCGCCAGUCUCUAGCAUGGCCGACAUCGCGAGCACCUCUGCUGUCGCCGCACCUGCGCCACCUGCGCCCGGCGAGAGCAGCGCCUCGCCCGCGGCGGUGCCCACGCCCGAUCUCGCACAUCUCCUCUCGCGCUCGGCCAAGCGCACAAAGACACUCUUCUCCACCGCCUCGCCUCUGCCCUCGUUCCUCUCCGACUCCGCCGCCGAUCUCUCAGGCCUCGAAGAGAGCCACAAGGCAAAACUCGCCACGCUCAUCGCGGGCUCGUACGCCGACGCAAAGGUGCUGCCCGCUGCCUUGCUGGCGCAGCAGCGAGGCGUGGGGCCCGCCAAGCCGGGCGCCAAGCGGGCACGAGUGGGCGAAGAGGAGGAAGAGGGAGCGAUGGGCAGCUACAUCUCCGACAUUGUCUCGCGCCCCGCCUCGGCUCCGUCCGCCUCGGCCUCGGCCGGCGUUGUGGCGCUGCGUCGCGCCGAGGGCUUCGCUUCCUCCUCCGGCGGUGGAUCGACGCUCAACUCGGCGCUGAUCCGGCGCAAGGAUCUGGAGGCGCGGAAAGCAGCACCGAAGCAUCAUGCGCAGUGGAAGCUGAGCAGAGUCAUCUCGGGCCACUUGGGCUGGGUGCGGGCCAUCGCCAUGGAUCCCGAGAACAAGUGGUUCGUGACGGGCGCGGGAGAUCGCAUGAUCAAGAUCUGGGAUCUUGCCUCGGGCGAGCUCAAGCUGUCCCUCACCGGGCACAUCAGCACCGUUCGCGGACUUGCCGUCUCCUCGCGGCACCCGUAUCUCUUCAGCGCGGGCGAGGACAAGAUGGUCAAGUGCUGGGACCUCGAAACAAACAAGGUCAUCCGGCAGUACCACGGCCAUCUCUCGGGCAUCUACAGCUUGAGUCUGCAUCCGACGCUCGACGUGCUCGUCACGGCUGGACGAGAUGCGUCGGCGCGGGUAUGGGACAUGCGGACGAAGGCGCAGGUGCAUGUGCUGUCGGGACAUCGAGGCACGGUGGCGAGUGUGCAGUGCCAGGACUCCGAUCCGCAAGUCGUGACGGGCAGCAUGGACAGCACGAUUCGACUUUGGGACCUGGCAGCGGGCAAGUCAUUGACGACGCUGACGCACCACAAGAAAUCCGUCCGCGCACUCGCUAUUCAUCCACAAGAAUUCACCUUCGCCUCGGGCUCCGCCGGCGGCCGCAACGUCAAGACGUGGAAGUUCCCCGAGGGCACACUCAUCAACAACAUGUCGACCGAGUCGAUCGUCAACACCCUCUCGAUCAACCCGGACGGCGUGCUGUUCAGCGGCGCGGACAACGGUGCACUGAACUUCUUCGACUACGCAACGGGCACGCCCUUUCAGUCGUCGCUCGACAUUCCGCAGCCGGGCUCGCUGGACGCCGAGGCAGGCGUCUUCUGCUCCACGUUUGACCAUACCGGCACUCGGUUGCUCACGGGCGGCGCUGACAAGACUAUCAAGAUGUACAAGGAAGUCUAGACGGAGAGGCAGGGAGGCAGUGCGAGGGAGAG